AUGGAUCGACCGCCGGCGACGGCGGGGCCGCCGGGGAUGGAUUUGCCGAUUAUGCACGACAGCGACAGGUACGAGCUGGUUAGGGAUAUCGGGUCGGGUAAUUUCGGGGUGGCCCGGCUGAUGAGAGAUCGGCAGACGAAUGAGCUUGUUGCGGUUAAGUACAUCGAGAGGGGCGAGAAGCAAAUAUGCCACCGUGAUUUGAAGCUAGAGAACACGUUGCUCGAUGGAAGCCCGGCUCCUCGCCUCAAAAUUUGUGAUUUUGGGUAUUCUAAGUCCUCUGUGCUUCACUCACAACCAAAGUCAACUGUCGGUACCCCUGCAUACAUUGCUCCAGAAGUGUUACUAAAAAAGGAAUAUGAUGGAAAGAUUGCGGAUGUGUGGUCUUGUGGAGUAACUUUGUAUGUCAUGUUGGUUGGUGCAUAUCCUUUCGAGGACCCAGAAGACCCCAAAAACUUCCGAAAAACAAUCCAGCGAAUUUUGAAUGUCCAAUACUCGAUCCCAGAUUACGUGCACAUAUCUCCCGAAUGCCGCCACUUGAUUUCGCGAAUAUUCGUGGCCGACCCUGCAAAGAGAAUCUCGAUUCCUGAAAUAAAGAUCCACGAGUGGUUUCGAAAGAACCUGCCAACGGACCUCACGGAUGACAAGACGGGCAGCAAUCAAUUCGAAGAGCCCGAGCAGCCCAUGCAAAGUGACGAUGAAAUCAUGCAGAUAAUAACCGAGGCCACAAUCCCACCUGCAGGUGCAAACAACCUUAAUCAGUACUUAACCGGAAGUUUGGACAUUGAUGAUGACAUGGACGAGGAUAUUGAGAGUGAUCCUGAUCUCGAUAUCGACAGCAGUGGAGAAAUUGUGUAUGCAAUGUGAUCGAUCGAUUUUAAGUUGCUUGAGAGAAUUUAAGUUAUUUGUGUGUAUUUUGUAAGUUACUUUUUUUUUCCCCCUAAUUGUUUGUACUGGACUUCAUGCNGAAUGUAA